UAAUUACUUAUCCCUUAAGGCCAUGAUAAACAUUUACGGACCCGAUCCUUAGUUAUCAUUCACGUUCCGGUGCUUCAAUACUAAUUACAGUGUCUAAAGUAAAGUACCGAGAUUUUUUUUAGUAAAUCGAAAAUUAUUAUUUACCACGAUGUUGUUCUAUUUAUUUGUGAUUUUAUUCGCCAGUGCUCUUGUUCAGGCAGCGCCAACAGAAUCAACGAUAACGGAUUUGAAAGGAGUAAUUGAAGAGAUGACCACAUUGAGACCAUCGACUGUUAACGAAACAACAUCAAUUAAAUCAACAGAUGGUUCAAUUAGUACUGUAACGCCAGAAACAACUAAAAAUUCACCGAUUACAGAAAUUAAAAUAAGUAGUACUACAACACCAACUACAAAUGAUGAAAUUAGUACUUUGACACCAGAAACAACUACUGAAUCAUUCUUCGUGUCAACAACACCAAAUGAAUUGACUAAAGAUAGUACAACUACUACUUUGACACCUAAAAUAACUACAGAAUCAUUUAUUGCUUCAACGACACCAAUCGAAUCGACUACAGAUAGUACAACUACUACUUUGAUACCUGAAAUGAUUACAGAUGCACCAAGUACAGAAACUGAAAUAAGUAUUACUACAACACCAAGUACAAAUGAUGAAAUUAGUACUUUGACACCAGAAACAACUACUAAAUCAUUCUUCGUGUCAACAACACCAAAUGAAUUGACUAAAGAUAGUACAACUACUACUUUGACACCUAAAAUAACUACAGAAUCAUUUAUUGCUUCAACGACACCAAUCGAAUCGACUACAGAUAAUAGUGCAACUACUACUUUGAUACCUGAAAUGAUUACAGAUGCACCAACUACAGAAACUGAAAUAAGUAUUACUAUAACACCAACUACAAAUGAUGAAAUUAGUACUUUGACACCAGAAACAACUACUGAAUCGUUCUUCGUGUCAACAACACCAAUCGAAUCGACUACAGAUAGUACAACUACUACUUUCAUACCUGAAAUGAUUACAGAUACACCAACUACAGAAACUAAAAUAAGUAUUACUACAAUAUCAAGUAAAAAUGAUGAAAUUAGUAGUUUAACACCAGAAACAACUGCUGAAUCAUUCUUCGUGUCAACAACACCAAAUGAAUUGAUUGAAGAUAGUACAACUACUACUUUGACACCUGAAAUAACUACAGAAUCAUUUAUUGCUUCAACGACACCAUUCGAAUCAAUUACAGAUGGUGUAUUUAGUACUUUAACGCCAGAAUCAUUCCCUGCUCUAACAACACCAAUUGAAUCAACUACAGGUGCACCAAUUUCAGCAUUUGAGGCUAUUAAUACAACACUGAACCCAGCUACUAUUGGUGUAAUCAGUACUUCAACAGCAGAAACUCCAACUACUGAAGAAACCGCAGAACAAAACAAUCAAAGUACAGAUACUGCUCACAUUUUUCACACCAGUCAGUUUGUUCUGAAACACGAAACACCGGAAUAUUGCAAUUGGUACCAAAUUAAUUGCCACAAUCGUCUCAAUAAUCAAAGUUUAUGUACAUACUCAUUGGUGGGAGAUUGUAAUAACUUUAAAGCUUAUCAAAUUUUGCCUAUUAAACAAUUGAUUCGACCGUUUAUAUAUAUUCCAUAUACAUUUAAUUACCAGUAUGUUCACAAGGAACAACGUUCCUACGGAUGUAAUUUAUAUCGAGUUAAAUGCCAGCAUUACUAUUUUAUUAAUGUAACAACUGAACACUGUUAUCAUGAAUACGUCAGUGAAUGCUCUAAUUAUCGAAUGAUUCAUGUCAUUAAUUCUUCAUUCUAUUAAAUGAAAAUUAUAAAA